UAUUAACUAUUUAACAGUGGGAGGGCCAUAUCCAUCUGCAGUGGAAUCAUCUAGCCUGAUGGAUCCUGAAGGGUUAAAGGAGACAGGAAAAAAACAACAAUAUUUAAAUGCCUAGAUAGGGGGAAGAGAUUAAAUUUCGUUUCUCUCUCAUCAAUUUUCUGUUUAAUGUCACUGGGACUCCGUUGUGGGAGAGGAGAUACGUCACAGAGCCAUAAAUUUGUGAUUAUACAGCUACCAGCAGCCCCUGCUUUUAAUUGAAUGGAUUUACUCCAUACUGCAAGCAGGUAUAGUACAGCCACAUCUCCCCAAUACAUUGUAUCUCCAUCAGCAAAGCAGGAUCUGUACAAUGAGCAGCCACUCCAAAUAGGAGCCAGGUAAUGAAGGUAUAACGUCCCCUUCCUCUCAACAACAAUAAAAGCGACUGAGGGAUCUAGCAGAAUCCAGGAAUCAUUUCUCCACCCUGUGCUCACUGUUCAGGGUACAUUGCCUGCCACACUCUGACAUGCAGUACUUCGCCACGACCUAGGAUUCGACAUUCUCUAGAGAAUGAUCCCGGACCUGCAGAGGGAGCGCGGCUACGCUCCCGGGACCUCCCACUAAGGACUACUGCCCACCUGCCAAGCCCCCUCCCCCGGGAUGGACGGCCGGGAGUUCGUUCCUCCCCCUCACCUGAGUCACCGCGGAGCCAGCCGAAUGAACCCACCAGCAGGCCACAGUGCGGUGCAACACCCCGGGCACUUCCAAGCCACCAAGUACUUCUCUUCUCCUCUCCCCAUGGCAAGCCACACAGCUGGUAGCGGUUUGAUGGCAAACUCCUCACCCUCCUUUAUGGGCAGUUUCCUGAGCGGAAGCCUGGGCUCUGCAGCAACAGCGCACCCUACAGGGGCAUCAUCUUCCCCCUCAGAAACAACCUACAGAGGUCCCCAUGGAGCCGGCACCUCCCAGAUCUGGUUCUCUCACUCCCAUGAAGGUUACCCACGAUUUUCAGCCAGUCUAGCGUCCACUUUCCUACCCAUGAGCCACUUGGACCACGGGAACAGCAAUGUCUUAUACGGACAGCAUCGCUUCUACGAAUCACAAAAAGAUAAUUUCUAUCUACGGAACCUUCCAGCACAGCCUACCCUCCUUUCUGCCAAUCACAACUUUCCCAGCAUUGCACGGGCAGCUCCUGGUCACCCCAUUGGCUCUUGUAGCCGAGAUCGAGAGAACAGUCACAUGCAAAAGAUUCCCAAGGACAAUGAGCGUUACCUUGGGGGGGCCGAGCUGAGCAAGGAGAAAAUGGGCAAGGGGGACCUUAAAGAGAGACAUUUGGAGGAAGAGGUCAAGGAAAGGCAGAAAAUGGUGCUGCCCAUGGAAAGUCAUUGCAAGGAAGAUAUGCAUCAGAGAGGCUCAUGUGACAACCGGACCAAGCAUCUCAACUCCUGCCUGAUGACCUCCAAGGUGCUGAAUGGGGACCCCAACAAAACAAUGUUGUCUAGCUGCACGGUUGGGGCAGGGAUGCCUCGACAAAGUAGCCAGAGUCGAUGUGCCAAAGACAUAAUGCGGUCGGACCGAUCAUAUUCCCAGCAUGAGCCCCAGCAACCAUACAGCGAGUGCCUGGAGAGGAGGCAAAUGCUUCACCACUCUGUGUCCUACACCGUCCCAUCCAGUCUCCCCAGCAUUCCCGCUCCCCUAAACACCUCCACAGGUUCAUUUCCCUGUCUACAGCUUCAUUCCAACCCAGAUGUGGUAUGCUCUUUGCAAGACAAGUCUGGCAGGGAGUUAAAGAUGGGCAGGCCCACAUUUGUGCCUUCUGUGGGGCACUUCACUGAUAAAAGCCGGCCUUUUCAGGUGACCCCGGAGAACUGCCACGUGGACAGAGGAGAGGGAAAGGACAAAAGCCACGAAAUGAACUCAGACUCUCACCAUCCAGGGUCCUAUACCAAUACAUUCUCUCAUUUGAAAGCAGAGGCUAAAGGGGAUAGGCGGUCGGAGUGGCACCAGAACUCAGCCAACAGGAUAAAAAACUUGGAGUUUUUGAAUAGCGUAGGCAAUGAUCCUGCUAUGCAGAGGGGCAUGGAGAAAGGGGGCUUCUUUGAAAUGCAGCAAUCGCAAGACUGUCCCCGUCCCAAUCACCAGGAUGUGCACUGUGUAAAAAGCAGUCAGUCCUGUUGCACUUUAGAGAGGACCUCCAAGGAACCCCCGUCCCAUAGUUCUCAGAAGGUCGCUAGGAUAAGGCACCAGCAGCACAGACCUCCUGACAUGGAGCAGACAGGAAAUGGCCAGGAUGGAAAACGGAAAACUAUUGAACUGAGCUCUUUAGGCUACAACGGGCCUCACUUGCCCCCAUGGACAGACCCUCCCAUUUCAAUCGGUGAAGAUCGGAAGAACUCAUACCUUGACCCCUUCAGCACAAGUUUACAGCAGGCUGCGCUAAUGACCCCAGGCCCUCCCAUGAGCCAGGAAAUGCAAGGCCCAACAGAUGAGGUCUCUGCCAUGAAAAAUCUGCUAAAAUACAGCAAUCAAGCACUUAUCGUUGGUCAGAGAGCCCCCUUUGUUGGCCUGGGGAACAUGAAGGCCAGCUGCUCUCAUCAAGAAAUGAAAUUCCACUCCAGCAAGUGCCAACCUGAGCAGGAGAGGAUGGAUUGUGCGAGGAGUCGGGAGAAUGAGACCUCUCAGGGGGAUGGGGAAGUCAGACAGCCACCUGUUGGUAUUGCGGUGGCAGUGGCACGUCAGAAAGACACGGGGAGCCGCCACGAGCCGUCCUUCGGUACUGGUUCCAGUCGACAGAGCAGAAAUAACAUGGGACAGAAAGGCGGGUCUGGACGAUCCAUGCAUGUGAUUGAUCUAGAUGCAGAAGAGGAGAGGAACCGUCUUUGUGAGGAAAGACUUGGGAUUCCUGGGAGAGACCUCCUAAUGCAGGAGAACAAGGAUCUGGUCGAGUUUGCCCGAAUCCAUCCUUCAAGUGGUUGUCCAGGAGACCUGACGUCUCAUCUGAUGAUAGCAGGGGGCUCAUCCCUCCAGGCCAGCCAACUGGGAGGAGAUCCUACAUCACACACUCACCCAACGCACCCUCACUGGCUGCCUAGAACCAGGAGCCCCUCCAUAUGGAUGGGGGGGCAUUCUUAUGGCAUUAGUCAUCCAGCUCUUCACCAGAAUCUUCCACCAGGAUUUCCCCCAUCUAUGCCUAGUGCCAUGCAACCAGUUUUCCCCCUGUCCCAGGAACCUCCUGCACAGCUGGUCAUCCUACCUCCGGAGCCCUCACCCCACACAGCUCCACACCCGCUAGCCGAAGUCAUGGAUCAGGCUUCUCUCUGGCCACCGAUGUACCCAAGCCGUGGACCUCCCUCUCACCUUCAGCACCCAGGACAGCUCCCAGUCUACUCCAGGUCGCAGUUCCUGAGGCAGCAGGAACUUUAUGCUUUGCAGCAACAGCGGGCUGCGCAGGCAUUGGAGAUUCAGAGACAGAGCCACCUUCAGCGGAAGCCAGAGGAUCAUCUGCCAGAAUCCGGAGACCACCCAGAAAAGGUCACAAAACCCCAAAACAAAGCAGAUGCCUUAAACACCUCCAAGAGCCAGACUCCGCCCAGCCUGCUGUUGCGACCUCCAUCUGCGCCAGCCCCACCUAAACUGUCUCCUUGCUGCCAUUCACCCGGCUUGAGGCCUCCGUCCAAAUGCCCCACACCCCGGCCCCUGGCCCCAUGCACUUUACCUGCCUGCCCAGACGGCAGCUCCGCUCUGAUGCCCAGCUCUCCAGCUGUCAGCCCUGUCCCUGUGCAGAGCUCCAAGGGGAAGGAAGGAGAGGAGCGAAGGGGGGAGGGGCAGCCCCCCAAAGACUACCCCAAAUCACUGGAACCCGAUCUGCCUCCUGGGUAUACCUAUCCAGAUGUUGUCCGAUCUUACACCUCCCCAUCUCCCCACCAUGUGCACUCCGCAGACCCUGCUGACCCUGAAACUAUGCAAAGAGCAUCAGCUGCUGCAGAACCUGAGCAAUCAAGGACGUUUACCCCCUCCAAAAAAUCCCAGUGUAAGACACCUGUCUCAGGGGAUUCAAUGGAGGUCACCCCCGAUCUGGUUCACUUGGGCGAGACAGACCUAAAUGAGGUUUGUAGUCAGGGACAUGAGGUCCUUAAGUCCCAGGUGAUGGAAUGCGAAGAGCCCACAGCAACAAGAAGUGUGGAUGAACCAGAGGUGUUUGAAAAAGUUGGUGAACAAACGGAAUCUGCACAUGAGGAGAGGGAUCAGGGAGCAGACCAGGGUGAGGAUGAGAAGCUUAUGGACACAUCAGUUGGACAGUUGCCAAACAUCUCAGAUGGGUCAACAGUGGCUCCAGUGGCCACAGAGGAGCCAGUUAUUGAAGCCAGUGAGGGUGAACGGACUGUGUCAGAAGAAGUCAGAGUCCCUGAUACUGAAGAUGCAGGGGUAGCAGAGGACGAGCCCUCCGUUCCUUCACCACCCUGUUCCCCAGUUACAACGGAAGACCCAGAGUUCAUGUACAACCUGGACUCGUUAAUAGCAGCCAGUAUCUCCUUAGGAGAAUUACCUUCCUUCCAGGACGACGUGAGCCUUUUAUCAAGGGACUCUCCAUCCUUGCCCCCCAGCUCAGGUAUUCAUGGGAUCGCUCUACUAAGCGAGUUGGCUGACUUGGCACUUCAGGAGCAGCAGAAAGACACAAAAGCCAGUGACGAUGAAUCCGUGGUUUCGGAUCUUCAGGUUUUUGCUACCAUUGCUGCAGCCUGGUCUCUGGCUGAGGCGGUGAGCCUGGAUGGUGCUAGCCCACAGAUUCUGCCACCCUGCUGCCCUAACAUCACUCCUCGGGUCCGACUGUCUCGACGGACAUAUACCUGGACUCCAAAAACCAAACCGGUUUGUCCCUUGAAAGCUGCCAUAGACCAGUUGGACACCCAGGAGGUAGAAAUGAGAAUGAAACUUGCAGAGAUCCAACGACGAUACAAAGAAAAGCAGAGAGAGCUGGCGAAGCUGCAGAGGCGACAUGACCACAGUAAGGAGGAGAGCUCUAGGAGUCCAGUACGAAGGGGACCAGGGAGGCCAAGAAAACGCCCGCACUGUCGUGCCCCAUCUUCACACCGGAUGUACGAGAACAAGAAAGCCAAGUCUAUGAGCAGAAGCUUAGGGAUUCUGUGUUCAGAACUUCGGGCAGAUGCCGAACCCAAAAAGAAGAAGGGCAAGAUACUGGAGGAAAGUUACAGCGACCAAGAGCACCCCCACGGGAUGGUCAAAAUGCAUUGUAAAAAGAUGGUAUGCCCGCAGAACAAAUUGGUAUCCAAGCUGGCGCAGAAGGUUUCCCAGCUGAAAAGCAAAGCCCUGGGCUCUGCCAGCAAUGCUUUCUGCCGUAAAGAAGUUUUUCCUUCCAGUAAGCUCCAAAAGAAACUACCAAGCCUUCUGGUCAAACAAGGUGCAGAACGUAAAGGACAGGACAGACUAAGGACAGCAACCAACCCAGAGGGGGCUGGGGAGCCAGAUGAGGACCAUGAUGAAGAAUCAGAGAGUGAUGAUGGAGAGCAAGAUCACCCUGGACUUACAAGUCACGAGUCUGGCCUAGCUCUGCAUACCCCUGUAAAUCCUUCAAUGAUGGGCCCAUCUCCGUCCUCUGUAGUGAAGAUGGAAGCCAACCAGAAAGCCAAGAAGAAGAUUGAGAGGCAGGGACUAUUAGGUACUUGCAUCACCAGCCCUGAGAAUGAGGUUAAGAUCCGUAAACGUUCCACCAAGUUAGAUGUUCGAGCUCUUCCUGCCAAACUCCUGAAAAAGAAAUUAAUGAGCCACGAGGGGAACCCCAAAGGCCCCAUACGUAAGAAGAUGCAGAUGGACAACAGGCCACUCACCCCCAGUGAGAGUCUUUUCUGCUCUCCUAGCCAGGUCCUAAAACAGGACAGGAAAGGCAAAGAUAUUAAGAGAAAGAACGGCGUGCUAAGCCUUGCCCUGACAUCCAGAGCACCCAAGAACCUACUGAAACAAGGGAUGAAACUCAGCCGGCUGAAAUCCAAACAGGAAAGAGGCCGUGCAGUCAGUAGACUCCUGCAAAGCUUCACUGUAGAAGACGACUUUCAGUUUGAUGAUAACAGCAGCUUCUCGGAGGAAGAGGAAGAGAACAACUCUGCCACUGGGCUGAACAAAGACCGUGCUCAUAUCUGCUCCCUCUCAAAGGGGGAUCUACGGGAAGGACUGCAGGUUCUGAUACCCAAAGAGGACAACUUACUGUACGCAGCUAGUAUUCGCAGUCUGCAGCCCCCUGACAUAUACAGUAUUGUGAUAGAGGGAGAAAGAGGAAACCGACCUAGGAUUUAUUCCCAGGAGCAACUGCUGCAGGAAGCUGUGGUGGAUGUACGACCUCAGUCUACGCGAUGUCUCCCUCACGGUACGCGGGUUUGUGCCUACUGGAGUCAAAAAUCACGCUGUCUUUAUCCAGGGAAUGUGGUGAGAGGAUCCUCUGGCGACGAGGGGGAAUCAGACUCUGUAACUGUUGCAUUUGAUGAUGGCGACCGGGGAAGAAUCACCUUGAACAACAUCCGUUUGCUCCCCCCAGAUUUCACCAUUCAGUGUACAGAGCCCGCCCCUGCUCUGUUGUUGUCUGCAGAGAGUCGCAGAGCCAAACGCUUUACCAGUAACACCACCACUCCCACAGAUCUUUCCCAGAACCCAGGCCCUGAGAACCAAGAGCCAGUGGACACAACCAGGAAUAGUGGAAAGAAAGCCACCAGCAAAGACAAAACAGAUAAGGCUGAUGUGUUCAACUCAGGAGCAAAGUCCCAGCUUCCACCUGCAAAUUUCCUAGCACGUUCCACCAACAUUGAUUUAAUGAGCUGGGCAGCGCAAGGAAAACGCAAGGCAGGGGCUAAGACCAGCGGUGGGCUUGGGGACCCUUUCCAGCCACAGGGAUGUAGCAAGAAGCAGAAGUGCCGUGAACCACCACAUGUUUUUGGGAACGGGUUUGGAGCUGGCUCCUUCAGCAGUCUGGCCAACUCUUACACUCCAUUCGGAGGAAGUAGCAACACCGGCCUCACUCCUGGACAGAAGCCGGCGCGGACAAAGAAAGGAGAGAGGCCAGAUGAUGAGGACAAGGGAAAGGGCAGUAAGAGAAAAUCUGGGGGUGAGUUUCUCGUAAAACUUGACCAUGAGGGGGUCAUGUCACCGAAGACAAAAAACGGCAAAGCCCUCUUGCUGUGUGACAAAGACUUUGGGCUUCAUAUUGGACAGAGUUACAGUGCCCCUUCUAAUUUGAGCAAAGACAAAAAACGGAGGCCACCUCUACAUGACCAUCUGCCAAUGAGUCUAGCACUGGGAAAGUACACUGGUCAGGGUAAAUGUGGCGUGAACUGUGACAGUGACUGCCCCAGCUCAUACUCUGACCAGGAGGAGGACAAUGAGGGGAAUCUGCAGGCUAGAGUCUCCUCUCAAUUUCUAGCAGAACUAUCUGGUUCCUCCUCUUCCUCGGGGACUUCUUCCUCUUCCAGUUCAGGCUCGGUUUCCAGUUCUAGCAUUUGCUCUACAGACAAUGAGGACUCCUCGGAAAGUUCUGAUGAAGGAGACUCUGCCCUACUCCUGCAGCCUUGUCUCUCACAUCCUGUACCUGCUCUGCUGGCACAGCACACGGAGGAUGGGAGUCCAGGUUCUCGGGGGUGCUUCGUCUCAGGACAAAAGACCAAACAGAGAAGGAAAGGAACACCUUCAAACUUCCCCAAAACCAAAGAGCCCUCUCCCAGACAGCACCGCCUGCCCUCUGUAGAAAACCGGCCAAAGAUUUCAGCUUUCCUGCCUGCACGCCAGCUCUGGCAGUGGUCUGGGGAACCCACCCAGAGACGGGGAAUGAAAGGGAAAGCCCGAAAGCUGUUUUACAAGGCAAUUGUGCGAGGAAAGGAAGCGCUGCAUGUGGGUGACUGCGCGGUCUUCCUGUCAGCUGGACGCCCAAACCUACCCUACAUCGGACGCAUCGAGAGUAUGUGGGAGUCCUGGGGCGGAAACAUGGUGGUGAAAGUGAAAUGGUUUUACCACCCUGAAGAAACUAAACUGGGAAAAAGGCAUAGCGAUGGCAAGAAUGCUCUUUACCAAUCUUCUCAUGAGGAUGAAAAUGACGUACAGACAAUCUCACACAAGUGCCAGGUGGUGAGUCGCCAGCAGUACGACAAAAUGAGCCACAAUCGGCGCUACCAGGACAGGCAGAACCUCUACUACCUGGCAGGAACUUACGACCCAGGAACUGGUCGGCUAGUGACCGCAGAGGGGGUACCAGUGCUGUGCUGAGACGCCAUUUAGGAGUCUGCUGGGGCAUGGGAGCCACGACUAACAGCACUUCUAAAAGUAGCACACUGCAAAGACAUGCAGGUCGCAUGUACAUUAACACGAACUCAGACAUGGAAACGGAUACGCACAAAUCCUUCGCCUAACAGACAACUAGAUCAACAGAAUCCUGUUUGUUCUGUGUUCGAGUGUGUAGACACACACAGCAAAUACUUGUACAUGAGACUGGUCUCAACGACUUACACUAAAUGUAUACUGCUUCGUACAUGUUCCCUUUCCAAGAAAAAAAAACGCUAAUGACGGGAAAGAACAGUUAUACAUAUUUCUGCAAACGUUUUGCGUCCCAGGUUAAAAGCAGGAGACGGUAGAGGUAAACAGGGGGAAAAAAACCCUGUAUUAAUGGGGGCAGUCUGACC